CAGAAAUCACAAGCUGUUGCCCUUUUGAAAUCCUAAUAUCGCACAAUGCGCCCCUACAAGCAAGUGGUUCUCAAACUACCGAAACACAGUGGGGCCACGACCCUUGGCCUGUUCCAUAUGGAUGUGGACGACUACUCACUGAGCCCCGAUGAGGAUGCCGACAUUUUUUACGUGAUCAAUCGCAGGGCAGUAACUCUGUUUCAGCAGGGAAGGUCUUGGAUGAGGCGUUUUCGUUAUUACAGUGCAGGAAACGCUUUUAUGAAAGCAAUAAACUCUAUGAAGAACUGCAGAGUUUGCAGUUUCGAGCAGGAGUGCCAGCGAACUGAUCUGCUGAUCGCGCUCCUCGAAAACUUGAUGGUCUGCUUCAACAAGAUUAGGCGGUCUAAGUGCGUCUGCACUGCCAUGAAGGACUUGCGCCUCCUGACCAAAAACAAUCCUUCGUGGUGGGCGCUCUGUCAGGAGGGUCGUGCCCUAGAGGCCUUGGGUAAAUACUAUCCUGCCCGUUUGUCCUACACAAAGGCGCUGAAGAAAAAGCCCGGGGAGCAGAGUAUUAAGGAGGAGAUUACCAGAAUCAGCAAGAGAAUCGGCGAUCUUGAGGGGACGAAACAAAUGCUUUCUCAGCUGUCCAUAUAACGUGCCUGUUGCGUAUAACCGAAGCCCUAAAUAUGAAAAUCAACUGAAUUUACCAUAAAUCUCCAUUUGAAGCAUCAAGCCACUCGCUGAUAAUAAUAUAUGAAAAGCAGUAUA